AUGGCUCAACCCUCUACUCACGUCGUUCAUGGUGGUAAGCAGACACCGCCAGCGAGCCAAUGGACGCCAUUCGAAUGGGAGGAGCCGAAGCUGGGCAAGCAGGUCCACGGUGAAGUGACAAUUGCCCGAGCCUUCGGUGCUUCUGGAAAUCUAUCGUCGGGAUUCUGGAGAACUGGCCCUACUUCCCCCGGCGCCAGCUCUGACGGUUCUCACACACUUGUUUACUCUGCACCACUAGGUGAUGAGUUGGCCUGCGUCAUCGAUGGCUCGGCCACCCUCACCGUUGUAUCGACUGGAGAAAAGUUUCACAUCACUCCUGGAACUAUCGUCAGCUCCCCCAAAGGACUGGAGGUCCAGUGGGAAAUCGAUGCUCCCUUCUUCAAGAAGUACUGGUGUAUCUGGAACGGAACGAAAGCAGCCCCGAACCCUGCAACUACGCUCCAAAUCAACCACGUCAGUGAUAACCCCGAAGAAUGGACAGACUACCACUUUACAGAGCCUAAGGAAGGCGCCUUGGUGGCUGGAGAGCUGUACUUUAUCAGCACCGGCGGCUCGACCGGAACUUUUCUCAGCGGCGUUUGGCGAUCUGGCAAAGGGAUUGCUGGGUCGGAUGUGGAUGACAAAGGCACAUUGACAACACCCUACACCGGAGUGCUUGGUGAUGAGACGAUUCUUCUUUUAGAGGGAGAGGUUGAUGUUGUGGAGACCGAGUCUGGAAAGAAGCAUAGUUUCAAGGCAGGAGAUGCUAUCGGACUGACAUCAGGGAUGCACAUCACCUGGACCUCUAAAGGCCCAUUUUCUAAGAAGCUUUGGGUGAUUACCAAAGACGAGGUUGCUCAGUAA